AUUUCAGGUGAUUAAAAUAAAAUACAGUAGCCAAUCUGUAUGGAGCGAUGAAUGGCGUAAGCAAAUCCCCCGUCAUUAUCAUUGGUCUAUGCAUUUUGGAAAUGUGUGUACGGGGAUGUGACCUUGCAUAUAAAAACCCCUGCUGUAUACGAUACAACACCUGUUUUCCCUACUCAUUUUGGUUGUGAACAUCCAGAUAUCGAAUAUCAUUUCAUCAUGCCUACCCAGCUGGAAGGUGCUAUGGAUACCAUGAUACGGAUCUUCCAUCAUUACUCUGGCAAAGAGGGUGACAAAUAUAAGCUAAACAAGGGUGAACUCAAACUGCUCUUGCAGAGUGAACUUACAGACUUCCUUGCGUGCCAAAAAGAUCCUCAGCUGGUGGACAAAAUUAUGAAUGAUCUGGACUCUAAUAAAGACAAUGAAGUGGACUUUAAUGAAUUUGUGGUGCUGGUGGCUGCCCUGACUGUAGCGUGCAAUGAUUUCUUUGAAGAACAGCUGAGGAAAAAGGGCAAAUAAAUAGUAAUAUAGAAGUUACUGUGAUAAAUCCCGCAGGCAGAGAUUGUCAUUGUGUAACAAAGAAACAUGUCAGCAUUAUCAAUAUAUUAAUAUGUAAUGUUCCAUAAAGUCAACAAUUAAUAAAAAAAAUCUUGUGUGUGCUAUGA